AUGUCAACACUUCUUCAACAAUCCUUUCGUGGUAAAAGGCUACCACCAGUACCGGCUGGGGCUUCUGUGUACCACCAUGACCCUCUUUUAUAUGUUGAGCGUCAAACAAGACACAUACAGCGCAAUCUCCAAGUCCUGAUAGAUGCCCAAAGCGAUGGCCUUCUCUCUGUUCUCGGUGGGCCUCAAAGCGAUCAUAUCUCAACCGGAAGUUUGACUCCAACGUUGUCCUCAAAUGCAAGUCGAUCACAGUCCUCAUCCACGGUGCCUACUAGGCAGCCUCCACCCAAGAAAAUUGGACUUCGGGCUGCGCGAGAGGGCAUAUUUCAAUCAAUAUAUGAUCUACUGAAGUUACGAGAAGAAGAACGAGAGAUCCUCACAUCUCAGACCAACGAAAGAGACAACGCGCUGCAUGAUAUCGAAAGCUUCCUCUCAAGAAGAAAUGGUCUAGAAGAGGCCAUUAACACUAUACAUGGAGACGAAGAGAGCCGACGUUCAAAGCAACUAGAAGAAGAGGCUCGGGACCUCGAGGCUGACAUGCAUGAAUUGGAGACCAGGCUGUAUGAGAUGAAAGCUAAACAUCGACACCUUUUGAAUGAGAUAUCAAACAUCAGCAACUCGGUCGACGCCAAGCUUUCCUCUUAUACCGAAUCUUUGUCUUUGCUCGAGUCUGACAUCCGAAACUACCUCCGCGACCCUCCUCUCCAACCGUUGUCGCGAAGUUCAGGCGAAUCUACCUUUCACUCUUUGAACCCCAAACGUCGCACACUUGACAUGGCCCAGGAUCAUUGGAAUACCGAACAAGUCAGUUUACACAAUAGGCAACAGAAAGUGGAUGCUGAAAUACUGGCACUGGAGGAAGGAGGCGGAGUAUGGAAACAAGCGGUGUCUGAUGUCACUGGCUUCGAGAAGCGCUUACAAGCCAACAUGCGACAUUAUGUUGAGAUGACCACAGCAACGACCGAGUCCGGAGGAUCCACACCGACAGGUUACAAAGACGGGCUUGUGCGAAGUAUUCUGGAUGACUUGGAUAAAACCACUCACCGGGUCCAAUCACAUCUAGAGCUCGCCGAAGACAAGGACUGGAAGCUAUUAGUUUGCUGCAUUGCAGCCGAGCUAGAGGCCCUGCGAGAAGCAAGGGGCUUGCUUCUUCCCGCCUUCGGCCUCCCGGGACCUGAAGACGAUGCACCCCUGCACUCUACUUCUCCCAGAGCUUCUCUCCUGGUAGACCACGGCUUGGAGAGGGCCCAUGAGGACUUGCGCGCAAGUCCGCUAGAAAAUGAUGACCCAGAACCUCCAGCGGAUCUACUCAAGGAUACAGAUCCCCAUCAUUCGGAUACUAGGUCGGAAGAAGAUGAUGAGCCAGAUCCGUCCUGGCUGACCUGA